AUGCCUGAGACCCUUCGACCUGCAGUAUACAACCCUGCAGUCCUUGGCACUAUGGACAACUCCCAAUAUGUGUCUCCGCUGGACCAGAGGCACAACCUAAAUGUCAUUGAAGACGACUCGACCAUCGCCACCUACUACUUCUCGGCUAGCUACUCACCCUCAUCCACACUUCUACCUAGUGCUGUGUCACCACGCGACACCGACGACUUCCCCACGCCAAAGGCACGCUUGUUCGACAUGACACCCCAGGCCUCGCCUCGCUUUCCUAUCCACACGAUGACAUACCCCCAAGCCAGUCGUAUGAGCCGAACAGACAGCGAUUUUGACUCUCUCUACGACAUCACCGACGAUGAGGCCGAGGUCCCUCUUCAUGCUUCAACCUCCGUCAGGAAAAUUGCAGGGCAACCCAAGCGCCACCGUUACCCAUCUCUCGUGAUUCCUUCGCCGUCUGCUUGGCCGACUAUCGAGAAGUUGAAGAGCGCUACCUCGGCCGUACCAAUGACCCCUUCGCACAUGUUGACUCCAUCACGAAGGGUUCUGGACAUGAUCGACUCGCACAACCUCCAUGUACCUGCUCAUUCAGCUGCACCUUCUCUGGAUGGCAGCCUCACCUCAGAAGAGAUGGACAGACUGAGCUGCCCAGCUACUCCCAUCAUGUCGCAGAGGUGCAGUUCCAUUGCGAGCGACUCCUGGGAGCCAGUUCAACUCGAUCUGCAAGCGAUGGAAACCCUCCAGCACCUUGGCAACUCAACGUCAGCUGAGCAAUCUGAGCAAACCUACUCUGUAACAGAGUCAAGGGGUGAGAUGCAACAGGUAUCCCGGCCAUCCCUUGGUCUUACCAUCCCUUCGGUCGAUUCGGGCAAUGAUUCUGACGAGAGCACUCCCAUCUCGGCCCUUUCCGUCCCGUCUCCCGGUGGCUUUUUCUCCUCGCUCCAGUCAUCCGCCCGCCACACCUGGAGUAUUCCCAAGCAAGAGGAAUCAGUUCCCAACACAUCCACUGCAGAAAACUUCUAUGGUGUGCCGUGGGAGGGCCGACGUAACACCGCCCCCGCACCUCUUUCAGCAUUACCUCAGCGCAACUCCAGUCUCUCCGGCCCAACUCUCGAUGGCCAUGAAGAUGGUUUGGCAACAUCGCGACCCAACAUUCUAAGCCCUGUCGACGAAAAUGUCGAGAUCAAGGAGAUUAACCCAAGCAAGACCAUCUUCCAGUACAAUGAGAACUACAACGCUGAGCUCGAGAAGCUCUCUUCAGUCAAUCUUGAGAUGACUGGUCGGUGGUUGGAGGAGCAAGAUGAGCUGCAAGCUGCCCUUCGGGACAUGAGCGAUAUCAGCUCUCCGGUUCUUUCGACCGAGACACGCAGCCGUGGAAACUCUAUUGACAAGCCUGCCGUCAAGAAGACUGUCACUUUCGCCGAUCAAACUGCUCUGACACCCGAAGAGGAGUCUGCGCCGGAACCAAUCAUGACUUACGUUCAGGGUUUAGAGUAUAUUCGCUCCAGGUCCCACAAGCAAGACACCUUCAUUCACCGACAAGCUCGCGCUGAAGCAAUGCACCUACAGCGCCGUUGCACACCCUCUGCACACCGUGACCAACUCCUUGGCAAGUUCGAACUCAACGAGCCUGAACGACCAGCGCCACCACGACCCGUCUCCGAGUUCUUCGUCAACGACCCAACUGUCCUGAAGGAGAGAAUCGCACGCGCUCAGACGGAGCGUCAAGCCCUUGACCAGAUGCUUCCUACCCAAUGGGUCUUACAAGCGCAGAAGCAGCUAAAUGGCGGAAAGCUCCUUAGCAAGCCUGCGACCAGAUGUAUCACGCGCACCAGCGCACCACGCAUUCUUGACGUCGGUGGUGUUGCCACCAACGACUGGGCAUGGAACGUCGCCUAUGACUACCCAUAUGCCCACGUCACCACCGUCUACACUGCUGGCAACAACUUGUCAGACAAUGUUGCCGGGCCAGGCAACCAUAAGCACAUGACCGUUCCUAACCUGUGGACCUUUCCCUUCCCCUCUGGCCACUUCGAUGUCAUCUCUGCCCGCACUCUCCACGAGCUUCUCAAGACCUCCAAGCCCCUUGGUCGCUCAUCUGACGAGUACGACUUGUGCUUGAAGGAGUGCUUCCGCUGCCUCAAGCCCGGUGGCGUGUUUGAGUACAACCUGCUUGAUGCAGACAUGAUUCACGCCGGGCCGUUAUCGCACAUGGCUAUGGGGUGUCGAGCUGGCUUCAAGGACGUCCAGCGUACCUGGACGGUGCGGGCCAUGGGCAAGACCGCCGCCAACUGGCGCGAGGCGCUCAACGUCGGUGCCCAUGCCACUGAGCAGGAAAAGACCAUCUCCGCUGAUGGACAGGUCGAACUUGUGAACGCCGGGAUCUCUGGCACCACCAUUGACGCCGCCAUGCUCACCGGUAUUGUCGGUAGCUGGGCGUGGGAGAAGUGGCUCCUGAAGUUGCAGAUGGAGAUGGGCAAGGAUGAGGAGAAGUUGCUCGAGGGUGUUGUACAGAUGCUCGAGGAGGGUGCGCAGAACAACACAGCGUGGAGGACGUUGACUGGCUAUGCGAGGAAGUAA